GAAGUCACAGGCUCGUACAGCUGUUAAGGAGGGCUGUGGACGGAGCACAGGGGCAGGGUGCUUUUUACUGACUGGGACUGUGAUUGAAUGCAGCACAGAUGAGGAUGUGGAUCCACUGACAUUGCCAAGCUACAAGGCAGAGGGCAUCAAAAUAAAAUAAUGGAAGAGCCGUCCGUCAGUGACCCAACCAGUUCCGGCUUCGUCCUGGCCGACUACGCUGUCUUCGCUGCCAUGUUGUUGGUCUCCAUGGCCAUUGGGCUCAUCCAGGCCCUGAGGAAGAAGCCAAGGGAUAUCAGCAGUGAUGAUUUCUUCACUGGCGGCCGAAGCAUGUCGGCAGUGCCAGUGGGGCUGUCGCUCUGUGCCAGUUUUAUGUCUGCCGUUCAGGUUCUCGGGGUUCCUGCUGAAGCCUCUCGUUAUGGCCUUAAAUUCCUUUAUAUGUGCCUCGGGCAAAGUAUCAACUCGAUGCUGACGGCCUACCUGUUCCUUCCAGUUUUCUAUAGACUUGGCAUCACCAGCACCAAUCAGUAUCUGAAGAUGAGGUUUGGCAGAGGGAUGCAGCUGUUGGGGAGUAUCCAGUUUCUUGUGGCAACGCUGCUCUACACAGGGAUAGUCAUCUAUGCACCAGCCUUAAUCCUCAACCAAGCAACUGGACUCAACAUGUGGGUGUCUCUGUUUUCUACUGGAAUCAUAUGUACAGUGUACACCACACUGGGUGGCAUGAAAGCUGUGAUCUGGACCGAUGUGUUCCAAAUCAUUGUAAUGCUGUCGGGCUUUGUGGCAAUCUACAUCCAUGGCACAGUUCUGGUUGGAAGCCCUGCACUUGUGCUAGAGAUUGCCCACAAUGGAUCACGCAUUAAUUUUAAUGAUUUUGACUUUGACCCACGGCGACGCUACACCUUCUGGAGCCUGACCGUCGGGGGCACCUUGGUUUGGCUGUCCAUGUACGGGGUGAACCAAGCCCAAGUCCAGCGCUACAUCGCCUGCAGAACAGAGAGAGAGGCCAAGUGGGCACUGUUUGUGAACCAAGUGGGUCUGUGCUUCAUUGUGAGCAGUGCAGCAACCUGCGGCAUUGUCAUGUUUGCCUACUACAUCAACUGUGAUCCACUCAAGGCUGGGAGGAUUUCUGCCCCUGAUCAGUAUAUGCCAUACUUUGUGCUGGACAUAUUCAGCAACCACCCUGGCUUUCCUGGACUCUUCCUUGCCUGUGCAUACAGUGGGACCCUAAGCACGGCCUCCACCAGUAUCAACGCCAUGGCAGCGGUCACGAUGGAGGAUUUGUUGAAGCCUCACCUGCUGCAUGUGUCCCAGAAGAAACUGGUUCUCAUUUCCAAAGGACUGUCCUUCCUCUACGGGGUUGGCUGUAUCACUGUGGCUGCUCUCUCCUCCUUACUGGACUGGGGAGUUCUCCAGGGAUCGUUCACGGUCAUGGGCGUGGUCAGCGGCCCUUUGUUGGGUGCCUUCAUUUUGGGGAUGUUUGUCCCAGCAACUAACAGGCCGGGGGUCUUUUCAGGAGUUUCAGUCGGCUUCUGUGUUUCUCUGUGGCUGGCUGUUGGUUCAAGUCUUUACCCUCCCAGUCAAGAGACCAUGGGGGUCCUGCCCACCCCUGCAGGGGACUGUCAACGCAGCAACACCACCCUGAUCAGCAGCAUGAACCUCGGCCAGAUCCCCAUCUCGAGCGCCACACCACUUCACCCAAAAAGCUCAGAGGCACUCAGGGGCCUGCACAGCUUCUACUCCAUGUCCUACCUCUACUUUGGUGCAGUGGCGACCAGUUCGGUGGUGCUGGUUGGGCUGAUAGUGAGUUACCUGACAGGGCCAACAAAGAGGACUGAUAUUGAAGCUGGGUUGAUAUGGUGGGACCUGCACAAAGAGAAACUGGAUAGCCCAUCAGAACACAAAGUGAACAAGAUGGCAGAUAAUCCUCAGCUUGUGCCUCUACAGAAAAUGGACAAAGCCAGUGAAGAUGAACAAGGAAAGCCUGCGGACUUUGGGAAUAAUAUGUGCCCAGCAGCACUCGAGAGUAUAAACACCUGAGGUCAGAUGAGGGGUUUUAUUCCAAGUAGCAAUAUCACCAUUUUAGACAACUGCUGCUACCUCAAACUUACCAUCACGGUCUUAAAUACAUGUGAUUCUUGUGUCCAAAACAAAACUGCUGUCACCUGGUCACACUUUUGCUCAGUUUUAAGUGACACAAAAGACCACUGGAUUUUAGUGGGGGUCUAAGCAAAGGUGUACAAGAUAUCAUCUGAAGGGGGUCAAUAUAAUUCACAUUUCCAAACAAUGAAGCCCCUGCGAUGCCAUAUCGGUACACCCAACUCUGCAGCACUGUACAGCAGUGUUAGAAUCACUAAAUCUCUUGGUUUUUUCUUAUUAUUUAUUUUGCUUUACUAAGGCCUGGUAACCCACCAAUGCCCCCUUCCACCCUUCUUUUUUUUUUUUUUUAAUCAAGUCAGAUAUGUGAUCAAUUAACAGAUUUUUCCAAAGUGUAAUAUUGAGUGUGUUUCUUGAUUUCCAGUUCAUAAUUAGGGCUAUGGAGAGUAUAGUGCUGAAUGUGUUGCUGAGGUUGGUGUAGGAGCAGAGUGGAGGGGAUCGUGGGAUGCGGCAGCCCAAAAGGAAAGAGAGGUUGUCAGUGAUAUUAUGCCGGUAUUGUUUGAUUGGUGGGCGGUCUUACGUGGCAUGCAUGUAAAGGUUUGUGGUGGGUUUUUUUUUUUUUUUGUGCAGUGCGAGCAAUUUUCAAACUCUUAAAAGCCGAUUGUAAACAACCUCUCUCUUAGUGCACUUUAUCACAAAAUCAUGAAAGCUGUAAGCUGGAGCUCUGUCAGCCUGUUGUUACAUUACUCAUCCAGCGUAGAGUAUAGAUCAGUGCUGUAACCCCCUCAGUGUUUCAGACCUCUCUGUGCUUUUGAUUACGCUCAUCACACCUCCUCAUCAUACCUGCUAAGACCAGCGUUAUGAUGGAAGACACUAUUAUUUUUAUGAGAAACACAGACAGGAAAACUGAGAUUCAACCCACUGGCGGGAAAUAAGUGCAACUAACGAUUAUUUUUGUAAUCAACUAAUCCAUCAAUUAUUUUUUUGAUUUAUCUACUACACUAAUGAUUUUCUUUUUCGUCAUAACAUAAAGAUAGUGAACCAAGGGCACCCUGGUGGUUGACCUGUUAGAGGGUGUGCCUGUUGUUAGGCGUGAUCGCAGCGUCCUGGGUUUGAAUCCGACCUCAGGCCCCUUGCUGCAGGUCGUCUCCUCUCUGUCCCAUGCCUUUCCUGUCUCUCUCUAGUGUGACUGUCAAAUAAAGCUGAAAUGCCAAAAAUCAUCUGAAAUCAUCUGGAAAAAAAAAAAAAGAUAAUGAACCUAGAACUUCUACUUUAACUACAUUUUUAUGGAAUUAAUUUGAGUGACAACUGCAAACAAAACACCAUAGAGAGAUGCUGAGAUAUUUUUGUUCAGCAUAUCUAGUAAUACUUGCUUUGAAUAUACCAACCGAACAAAACACACACACAAAACUCAAAGCCAGCAGGGAGAAAAAGGAGAAAGAAAUAGAGUUAGAAAUAGUGUUACAAACAAUUUGAAUUUACAAGCUCCUACAUGCCACCUACAUAUCCAGUUUAGUGUUAUAUCAAACACUGUGACAAGAGCACACAUUCAAUAAUGAAACUAAAAUAAAUACUAUAAAAAGAAUGGAAAGCUCACCACAUAGUCCCAUCCCUCUUGAAAUAAUCCACGGUCUAUCUGUGUGUUAUGAGUUUCCCACUCCUCUGAAUUGCUGUUGCUAGUUGGCUGCUACUCAUAGCUGUUACUGUACGUCAUCUAAUGCUGCUUUCACUUGCACCAACAGAGUUGUGUUCACUGAAACUUGGACACUGGAGUUUCCAUCUUGUAAAUCUUUUUUUCAUUCAUGACUACUUGUAGAUUGACACAUCUCUGAAAGACAUGAUUUUUCAAAGUGUGUACGUACAAUUUACUGUUCCUGCCUCUAUACUUGAGUAACAUUGGCAGUGCAGGGCUUUUACCUGAAAUGCAGUAUUCUUCUACGAGGGUUUCGCUACUAUUACAUAUAGAUUUGUGGGAUUUUUCCACAACUGGCCUUGCGUAGCUUUUUUGGUGGGACCCAAUUUUGACCCAGUUUCUGAUUACUUCUGCAUGUCCGCUGUUGUGUCUAUUUUGGUCUUUUAAGUUUUCUCAGGGCUGGCCCUUGCAGCACUGAAACAGAUAAAGCCUCCACAAGCCUUGGAUGCUUGUCACACACUUUCUCCCUCAGAGUGGUUUGUUAUCAGUGCAUCAAGGUUAAUCAGUCAUCAGCUUUUUAACCUGCACCUGGAGUCUUGGAGGACAGGACAAACUUUAAGGAGACUGCAUGUAAAGAGCUACAUGCUUCUCCAAGAUGAGCAUGACUUUGUCUCCCUGUUAUUGCUUUUUCAUGCCUGUUGAGCUCCAUGCACCAAUGUUUAACAUGUAGAGACAAACACAGACUGAGAUGAUGGACUGGCGACCUGUCCAGGGUGUUUCCUUGCCUUCUGCCCUAUGAGCGCUGGGAUAGGCUCCAGCAACCCCCCGUGACCCUUGUGAGGAUAAGCGGUUUAGAAGAUGAAUGAAUGAAUGAUGAGACAAACACAGACACCAUGCAAGGCUUCUGUCACUAUAUUCCCUAUGCUGAACAUGAACAGUGAGUAGUUUGAAAUUAUUUGUGCUGCUGUUUGACAUCCAUAUAGUUCUAUUACAGCAUGCUGACUGCCAAGUUGUUUUUCUUGAUUUUUAUGCUGUUUUUGCCUUUUAAUAUCCAUCCUGUUGCUAUAUCCUCUCUUUUAGCUGUUAUUGUUGUCUUUGGACUUAAAGUACUUAAAGUACGGUGUUUUGAAAACUGCUAUACAAAUAAAGUUAUUAUUAUUAUCAUCA